AUGAAAGUCAACGGAGGACAUCCUCUUGAAUCAGUGCAGCCUCAGUAUGAUGUUAAAAAAUUUUUGACAUCUCGUAUAGUGGGCGGGCAAGACGCCCCCGAAGGUUACGGGAAGUACAUGGUAGCGCUCGUGAGUGGAUAUUACGUGAAGGCAUUAGUGUGCGGCGGAUCCAUCAUCAGUACACGAUAUGUAUUGAGCGCUGCCCACUGCAUCGAACCCUUUGUUCACUGGGAAGGGUUGUUGCCUAAUUUCGAGGGAGUAAUCGGUUCGCCCCACUGGAAUUCGUCACAAUAUAUAAAGUUUUCUGAUUAUGAUAUCCAUCCCCAUUGGGACUGGGGUAUCCUGAAAAAUGACAUAGGCGUCCUUAAAACUACUGAGAAGAUCGUGUACAGCGAGCGCGUCGGUCCCAUAGCUCUGAAUUUCGGGUGGAUAAAUGGCGGCGUAAAGAGCUUAGUCACAGGGUGGGGCCGUGUUGAGGCCUGGGGUGAUAUCCCGUAUCAUCUGCAAAUGUUACACGUGAACACGGUCUCUGGUCCACAAUGUAUCAAGGCUUGGAAGGAGGCCUCCAUCAACGUCGGCUGGACACCUCCGGUCUACCCUGAGAUUGAGAUAUGUACGCUGCACUCCGUCGGACAUGGCAUGUGCAAUGGUGACUCUGGCAGCCCCCUGGUGACGUUAGAUUUGCGACAAGUGGGAAUCGUAUCAUGGGGUUUGGCCUGCGCGCAUGGAGUUCCAGACGUAUUCGUUCGGAUAAGUGCCUACAAAUACUACCUAGCGAAGUACCUUUGAAAACAACUUGCAGAAUAGCACGACAUUACUGUUGAGUGAACUGUGACCGGAUUAGUGUUAACAACUAACUACAAAGGAUUGUUUGAGAAAUCGUUCAAAA